AUGGCAUACGAAAUACAGGAAGUGCAUAUUCGUCAUUGUAUGCUUUUUGAAUUUCGCAAGGGUAAUAACGCUACAGUUGCGACUAAGAACAUUAGUGAUGUUUACCCAGGUUCAUUAGAUGUUCGCAAAUGCCAAAGAUGGUUUUCCAAGUUUAGAUCUGGGAAUUUUGAUCUUUCUGACGCCCAUCGACCAGGAAGACCAAUGUCAUUAGACAACGACGUUCUAAGGGCAGAAGUUGAAGCAAAUCCAUGCCAAACCAUUGAAGAAUUGUUGAACACCCUUAACCAACCUUGGUCGACCAUCCAAGAACAUUUACACCAAAAAUCAAGAAAAAAUCAGCAGAGCAGGUGUUUGGGUCCCCCAUAA